AUGGUAUUCACAGAAGACGAUACAAACUUCGAAAGUGCCGACAGAAAGGCUUUACUUAAUGAUGAUAUUCCAGAUAAGUUUUCAGGUUGGGGACUUCUUUCUCUUAUUGGUUGUUUCCUGUUUAACGUCAAUGCUUGGGGAUUAGUUAAUGCAUAUGCUCUAUAUUUACAGGCGUACAUUAAUGACGAUCUUUUUCCAAAUCCAAACAAGCUAGAAUUCGCUGCAAUCGGUGGAUUUUUGUUCGGUGGAGGUAUUAUAUUUGGGCCUUUCAUGAAUUACCUGGUUGGUGUUUUGGGAAUGAAGACUGUAAUUUUGUUGGGAACUGUCAUUCAGUUCGUUGGAGGUUUGUUUGCAUCAUUUUGCACAAAAAUGUGGCAGCUAUAUUGUACACAGGGUAUUUUACAAGGAAUAGGAACGGGUCUAAUUGUUAUUCCUACAAUUAACAUUAUUCCUCAAUGGUUUAAAGAGGGACAUGAUGGUAAAAGAAACUAUGCAAUGGGAAUCACUUGUGCUGGAGCUGGAAUUGGUGGUAUCGUUUAUAAUGUUGGAAUGGAACCAAUACUUCGCCAUAAUAGCUGGAGAUGGGCUCUUAGGACACAAACAAUUAUGGCUGCUGUUAUGAAUAUCCUAUCAAUAUUUCUUAUCCGUACGAGGUCAAAAAACAUCAAACCAAUUUACAAAUUCUAUGAUAAGGUUGUCUACAGAACGGUCGGAAUUCAAAUGAUGAUGGUUUGGGAAAUUUUUACAAUGCUAGGAUACAUGACAUUAAUGUAUAAUCUUGGUGAUUUUACGAGAUCUCUAGGCUAUGGAAAUAAAGAGGCAUCAGUUGUAUCCACAAUGGUUUCUGUUGGAAUUGUUUAUGGAAGACCAGUAAUUGGGAGAAUAGCAGAUUACAUUGGUCCAAUCCACGCUAGCAUACUUGCAAGUUGGUUUGUUAGUCUUUGCAGCUUUGCAAUGUGGAUUUCAUGCAAAAAUUAUGCUACAGCAAUUGUUUUUGCUUUGUUUGUGGGAUCACUCAUGGGUACCAUCUGGUUGACGAUGGCAACAAUAAAUGCUGAAAUUAUCGGGUUACGUAAGUUUGGUAUUGGAAUGUCCAUAUCUUGGAUUGCGGUUGGUGGCACUGGACUAGUCUCACCUGUUAUUGGAAUGGCACUUAAGGGAGAUGGUCCAACAAAUAGAAUACAAUACCAACAUCCGGCUAUAUUUGUUGGACUUUGUUACUUUGGAGCAGGAUUAUCAUUAUGCAUUUUAAGAGGAUGGAUUAUUGCACGAAAUAAGCAUGCCGAUAAUUGUGACACCGAAGAUGAAAGACUCCGUGUCAAGGUUUCAAUUCAUGAUGCAAUAAUUGAAAUGCUUAAGUUCAAGGUAGAAAAAGUCUGA